UGAUAGGGAAAAUUUGCCCCCCCUGUCCAGCCUAGGUUAUUAUUUGCUUGCAGCAUUUAUUGUAUUAGGCCCAAAGGCCUAUAGUCUAGACAACUGUUAUAUAUAAAGCCAAGGUUUGCAUUUCUGCUUUUAAUAUGUUUAUCUGUACAGAGGGCAUUCAGGGAAAAUGAGGAACCAAAAGAAGGAAAUAAGAUAGAAGUAUUCAGCUUGUUUUUGCUUUCUGUAUGAAUUUUAGCUGGCAUAAGUAACCGCAGAGAAAGGGUCUUAAGACUGGCAGACCACCAACGAAAACUGCCCAGAAACAAUGAAAGGAAAAACCAUAUAUGGAAGAAGAUUGCAGUAGCUUGCUUAUGUUAUAAGUGUUACUCCCAAAUAAGGGAAUUUUAAGAAAAUGCUAAUUUGCGGUUUUAACCUUUAUAAGCGUGAUAAGAAUUGAAACAGGCAGAGGGGAGCUUAACCCUUAUAGGGGAAUACGCUACCUCUCUCCCUGCAUGCAUGCUUGUACUCUAAUAAAGUGCCUCAGGCUGCCUGAUUCUAAAUUCAAAGGUGUGGUCAAUUUUUUUCCACAACAAUUUGGGGGCUCGUCCGGGAUCCACAGAUGACAUCCCUGGAUCGGAGGACCGCGGGCGGUUCCCUUCCAGACCCCGGGCCCAUCUAACAGAUUUAUCCAUUCACAGGUUACAGACGCCCUACCUGAACCUGCAGAUACUGCAUGCCACCCAUUGCAGCCCGGUGAUUGGGUCUACCUUAAAGUGCACCAACGGAAAUCCUCCCUGGAACCUCGGUGGAAGGGCCCUCACCAGGUGCUGUUGGUUACUCACACGGCGGUCAAGUGCCAAGGAUACCCACGUUGGGUCCACGCCUCUCACUGCAAAAAGGUUGCCCCACCUUUGGAUCCCACUACGGCACCCUUCGUUCCUAAGGUUCAAAAUCAAGUCACUAAAAAGGACUAUAAUCCAGUAGGAAAUUCUUUAACACCUAAGCCCCAGGACGAGGAGCCAAGAUAUAAUCUCAGGAAAAGACUUUAACGGAGAACUAGGAAAAGACUUAUUUCCAAUCUGUUGAGAGACUCAUUGCAAUGGCUGAUCCAAGAGCAAAAAUCAAAGAAUCAGCCAUGGUGCGAAAGUGGCUUAUGCCGUCCCUUUGGUUUAUUUGUGUGACUAUGUUUUUUUUUGCUUUUGAAUCUUCAUGAUACCCUUAUGUUUUUUUGGAUGUCAGGGAAAGUUAAUGCACCCGUUACCCCGAUCCCUAUAACAUCUUUAAGUCCCCCGUUACGAAAGACCAAACCGAUCUUGUACAAAACAAAACCAACCCCACCCACGAAGCCAUGUCCAGCCCCAGUAAAGAAAAGGCUAGCGCGGUCGGCUGAGGUGAGGAAGGGAAUUACACCUUUGACCAUGAAAGAUAUAGAGAAUUGGCCCUGGUAUAAAAGACGCAAUAUAGUCCACUGGCAGGGGGGAACAUGUGGAAUAUAUUCUUGGGAAUGUGGUACCGAAUGGCUGGCAGGAUUUAUCCCACAAGCUGCACAUUGUACUAAGGGCCAAGUACCAUACCCAUGUCAAACUAUUCCCUACUUGUUAUCGGAACCUAAUCCUUCCUUUUCAACAGCCCCAACAAGACAAAUUGUUCCUACCCUCCAUCCCCGCCCCCACCAGGAACACAACAUGACCUUUGACGAUUUUACAUGGCCUAGGCCCUCUUCUAUUAGCAAUUUAUUUUCUUAUUGUUCAACCAAAUUAAUUUUUUUUGCUCAAGGCCACCUUUACCAGCGGGUAAUGGAGUGGGAACCUUUGGGAACUGUACGUGUUCAUUCUAUUAACGUUUCUGUUUAUUAUAAUACCACACCCACAAAAACCGUUUCCUUUAUGCAACAGUGGGGAAAGGAUACAGAUGCAAUGUUAUUCCCUGGCCUGUGUUUGAUAGAUAAAAGAAGAGAAUCAGUAGCACUAAACAAGCUUUUUUCAGUCUGGGAGUCCUUGAGUCCUUUAUUCUCUAUCUACCAACGGAAGAACGUGUUCAGGUCAGGAUCAAGUAAAGGCCGUUUAGCCCAACAAGGAUCAUUUCCUUUUCUAUACUUCAAUCCCUCUGGAUGCCAUCUGGUUUCAUGAAAAAAACCCUCAGUGCUUUGCCUCUGUUACCUUGGCUGGUAGGCUACUCUACAUUUAUAAUUUGAUUA